AUGUUGGAAAGCUAUGGGGCUUCAAGCAUGAACUCGAGGCGCUCAAGGACAGUCUCCACGCUUCGAGCUGUACUGAGACAUGCCGAAGAGCAAUACUGUAAUCUCGAAAUCCAAGAUUGGCUUGAGAAACUGAAAGACGCUUUCUAUGAUGCCCAAGAUGUGCUUGAAGAAUUCAACAUAGAAGCUAUACGGCAAGAACUAAGGGGCCACAGUGAAAUGAUCAAGGAGGUGAGAACAUUUUUCUCAAGUUCAAACCAGCUUGCUUUUAAACUGAAGAUGAGUUAUAAAGUAAGAGCAGUGAGGGAGAAAAUAGAAGCCAUUAACGCUGGUAGGAGAUUCCACUUGGAUGAGCGUCCCGUGGAUUCACAAGCAGAGAGAGAGUGGGGGAAGAGAGAAGAGACACAUUCAUUUAUACGCGAGGGAGAUAUUACGGGGAGAGAUGAUGAUAAGAAGAUAGUCAUGAAAUUUUUAUUGGAUUCAAACGUGAAAGAGCACGUUUCCAUCCUUCCAAUAGUUGGUAUUGGUGGGCUUGGAAAAACGGCUCUUGCUCAAUGCGUAUAUAAUGACGAGAUGGUCACUAAAUAUUUUGACUUAAAAAUGUGGGUUUGCGUCUCUAAUGACUUUGAUGUGAAAAAAAUAGUGAAAAAUAUCAUAGCUUGUGCAAAGAAGAAAGAACAAACUGAGGUUGUUAUGGAACAUUUGCAGAGUGAACUCAGGGGAGAAAUUGAUGGAAAAAGAUAUCUCUUAGUUUUAGAUGAUUUGUGGAAUGUAGAUCAAGAAAAAUGGUCGAGCUUGAAAACUUUAUUGGUGGGAGGUGCUAGAGGAAGCAAGAUCCUUAUAACCACACGCCUUCCUUUGGUUGCGGAGAUUAUUGGCACUGUUUUGCCUCAUUUUCUUGGGGGCUUAUCCGAAAAAGCGUCUGUUGAUUUAUUAAUGAAAAUGGCUUGUGGUAAACGAGAGGAAAUACAAGAUCCUGAAAUGCUAGCUAUCACCAAAGAGAUAGCUAGAAAGUGCUCUGGAGUACCAUUGGUUGUUCGAACUGUUGGGAGUUUACUAUUUUUUAAGAAAACUAAAUUCGAAUGGUUACAUUUCAAAGAUUAUGAGCUCCCAGAUGUGUCUCAAAGGGAAGACCACAUAAAAUAUGCUCUUAGGCUAAGUUAUGACCAUCUCCCUUCACAUUUGAAACAAUGUUUUGCAUUUUGUUUGCUGUUUCCCAAAAGUUAUGAGAUGAGGAAGCAAACUUUGGUUAAUCUUUGGAUGGCAGAAGGAUUUAUCCAGCCACCAAAUAGAAUUCAGCAUUUAGAAGACAUUGCUCAUGGAUAUUUCAUGGAUCUACUUUGGAGUAACUUCUUCCAAGAUUUUGAAAAAGAUCCAUACACGAAUGAGGAGACUUGUAAGAUGCAUGAUUUGAUGCAUGAUCUAGCCUUGCUUGGUUGCAGGGAAUGA